AUGUUUCUGGUCUCGGGUCUGCAACAGCGAAAGGCCAUGCGCUCGGAUGAACUGGACAUCCGCACGCUCGAGGAAAUUUUCAAUGCCGAGAUGCCAAAGCCGGGUGAGAUCGUCUCGGGGAUUGUCACCUCUGUGGUGGAGUGGGGUGCUUUUGUGGAGUUGGAACGGACUGGCUG